AAACCGGAAUGCAUAAAGGAGACGGCCGUGGAAAAGGGGCUGAACAUUCUUGGUCCGAUAGCCGUUGGCCCGUCAUCCCAUUUUUCACAAAAAGCUUGUUCUAUCAUUUCUAUAUAGGCCCAUAGCAGCAGCAGCACCGCCAAACGUGAAAAUGAGUCGCUGCUGGCCUUUGGCUAUCACUGUCGCUCUUAUUCUCGCCAUUCCCAACUGCCACGGACGGCCCAAUUCCAGGGGAGGAUCAACAACGGCCGAUUUGGAAUUGUUGAUCCACGAGGUCAGACUACUCCGGAACGACCUUCGGAAUCUCAGGACUCACGUGGAGGACAUUGGUAACCGUCUACCUGGAGUGAACCUUUCGCUGGUCAACAAGACCGAUUUGGCCAAUGAGAUUUGGGCCGUUUUGAACCGCCAUCUCGGAUCCAACAGUCAGGAUGCGGAGCAUUUCCAGUCGUCGGAAUGUCUGCUGGGAUCGGUCCUGUCGCUGGCCGUUUCCAGUCGCAGUCCGAGCGAUGGCGUCGACGCCAACGGGGUCAAGAAGAAGAAGACGAUUUUCACGCCUCCGUCGCCUUCCAAACUGGGCAAAUAUCGGACGGCCGCCAUCAGUUCCGACAGCGCACCUUGUUCGGAAAUCGGACGAGAUAUUAUGACCGAGGGCGGCAACGCUAUGGAUGCAGCCAUCGCCGCUCUCUUUUGUAACGGAGUCGUCAAUCCGCAAAGCGCCGGAAUUGGCGGCGGAUUUCACAUGACCAUCUACGACCCUGCCACUCAAACGGCCAAAUGUCUGGACGCCCGAGAGACGGCCCCGUUGGCCGCCACUGAGAAUAUGUACAGCAGUAACGCUUUCCUGUCCCAGAUUGGCGGUUUGGCCGUCGCCGUACCGGGAGAAUUGGCCGGUUAUUGGGACGCCCAUCAAGCGUACGGCCGAUUGCCCUGGGCUCGUUUAGUCCUGCCGGCCGCCCUGCUGGCCGAGAACGGAGUCGAAGUCAAUAGCCACUUGGCCGCCACUUUGCAAAUCAAAGCGGCUUCCAUCAAGGCAGAACCUUCUAUGUGGAUUUUCCUGAACGAAACGACCGGCAAUGUCCUCCGAUUGGGCGACACGUUGAAGAUGCACGCGCUGGCCAAGACUUUGAAAGACAUAGCCGAGCACGGAGUCGACAUCUUUUACAAGGGAUCCGUCGGCAUCAAAGUGGUCGAGGAUACUCAGCGGAGAGGCGGAAUCCUCACCAAAGACGACCUCCUCCAUUACCGGACGGAAUGGAUGGAGCCGGUUUCGGUCGACCUUAGCGAUAAUCUGACGCUCUACUCCAUGCCGUCGCCCGGUUCCGGCGUCCUGGUCGCCUACGUCAUGAAUUUGCUGGACGGUCGCCUGCCGGAAAAACGAGAUCUGCCAGCAUCGCUCGAUCCGCUCACCUACCACCGAAUCACCGAAGCGUUCAAGCACGCCUUCGCCCAGCGCACCAAACUGGGCGACCCGAAAUUCGUCCCAGAAGUCGAUCACUUGAUGGAAACGCUGGCGUCAAAGAGUUUCGCCGAUGAGACUUUUGACAAAUUCAACGACUCGUUCACUUCCAACGAUCCGGCGUUCUACGGUGCGGUCAUCCACAAUCCCGACAGCAAAGGAACGUCUCACAUUUCAGUUCUGGACCGAGACGGAUUGGCCGUUUCGGUCACGACAACCGUUAACACCUAUUUCGGCGCUGGAUGGAUUUCGGAGCAGACGGGCAUCAUUAUGAAUAACGAGAUGGACGAUUUCUCGUCGCCCAACACCACCAAUUUUUUCGGAGUGCCGCCAAGUCCGGCCAAUUUCAUCAAGCCGGGCAAACGGCCGCUGUCGUCCAUGACGCCCACCAUUGUCGUCGAUUCGUCGACGGGAAAAGUCCGUUCGGUCAUCGGAGCGGCCGGCGGGACACGAAUCACCACCUCCGUCGUCUACACGUUGGUCCGUAAUUUGUGGUUCGGAGAGAACCUCAAGGAAGCCAUCGACAGUUACCGCAUCCAUCACCAACUGCUUCCCAUGAACUUUCAAUACGAAUCCGGUUUCCCCAAGAAUAUUGUGGAGAGUUUGAGGCGAAGGGGUCACAACGUGACGGAGAAGGUCCUCCGCUCUGCCGUUUACGCCAUUUCGGUCGAGCCGGACGGAUUGAUCUACGCCAAUGCGGACAGCCGCAAGGGCGGCGACGUCGCCGGAAUCGACCCUGUCCUCGACGACUAUUUUUAAUAAAAAAAAAGACGUUUUUCAGAUAUUUACCUCGCCGUCUAUAUUAUCUAUUUGUCUGUCAAUAAUGUAAUCCGCCUGCAAACAACACAGUAAAUAAUCCUGACGACAGCUACAGCCAGCCAGCGCCAGCCAGCCAGCCCAAAAGGCUUUUGAAUUUAAAAGCUCGAGGUCCUUUGGACCCGAUGGACCGAAUCUUUUGUCGAACAAAAGAAGAGUUGGAUGACAUCAAAUAACACAGCCGCAUCUUCUUCCUUUUCUUUUCCCAAAUACAAUGUAAUAGUCGUUAAUGAUAUAGUAUAUACUCUCGCCCUCACUGAGCGUGAAAACGAUCGGUAUUUCAUCCAUCAAUAGUUUUUCUCGUGAAAUUUUCAUUUGUUAAUACUAUGGACGAAAUAAUUAAAACCGCUUUUGUUGCCGUUAA